AUGGUUGACUUCCAGUCUGCCAUGGCCGCUAGGGCCCUUCGGAACGUUAGAUCUGAACUCGAAUUUCUUUCCGACACUGGCCACAUCACCGGUGCCCAACUGUCAGCAAUCCUCUCGAACCUGCCGGUUGAUCUCCAAACGACAACAUCUGCACUGGCAAAUACGUCCAUCGCUCGAACAGAAACCCCCGUGGCCGCUCCUUCGCCUGCUCCGGUAGCUGUGAAUACCAGUUCCUCCUACAAUAAUAAUAGUUCAACGUACAACGAGAAGGCGGAUCCAGUCCCAACCCCUGCUUACUCACAGGCUCCUCCGGCAUAUACCCACCCACCAACACUCUCAGUUGUUACAGCACUUUACCAAUACAGUGCUAGCGAUGCUGGUGACUUGGCUCUUAACCCCGGUGAUACUAUCAAUGUCACCGAAUACGUAAAUGCCGACUGGUGGCGUGGUGUCAACCCAACAACCGGUCAGACCGGUAUCUUCCCCAAGGACUACGUCAAACCUGCACCAACCAAUGAAAAGGACGGCUAUGGUUAUGGAAAUGUACCACUACAGGUUGCGAACGGAGGGGGUAGCCAUCCACCACCAGGUGAAGAUCAACAACCAAGCAAAUUCGAGGAACACGGCAAGAAAUUCGGCAAGAAACUCGGAAAUGCUGCUAUCUUCGGAGCUGGUGCUACUAUCGGUGGUAAAAUCGUCAAUGGUAUCUUUUAA